UUACGAGUGUAUGGCCUAAGGUAUCCCUGCAUAUGGGGGAUGACAGACGAGAUCUUCCCCGCCUUGUCUCCUUAGCUGACAGACAACCACCCAUUGGUCCGUUCGCAUCCUUUAAAGGGCCAACCAAGCGGGGCUUGUAUUCGUUUUGUUCGACCUGAGCAAUCUUGCGAGAGUAUAUCCCACAAUACAAAUUAUCAAUACAACAACAAUCAUGGUAGGAGGAGUCAGCCAGUUUCUGAAAUUCGGCCGGAAGAAGACGCUGGACGGAACGGCACGACCAGCGCGUGCGUCCGUGCCGAUUGAUCCUGCGCGUCUCAAAACCGAGCAGAGAGUGCCACUUGCAAGCGAGAUUCUACAACGCUUAGACUUAGUUGACUCACAACUGCAAUCUCCUCUCUUCGGAAGGCUCCCGAGGGAGUUACGCGACCUAGUUUGGCGCUACGCCUUAACACGCUACGAGGACAUCGACUGCCUCUACGAUAUCCAGAGGACCUACGCUAGACCCGGGCAAGCCGCUCCGCAACGGGUCGCGGUUGAGCUACUCGAAACGUGCCGAGCGGUCUACAUCGAAGCUUACCUUACACCCUUCCAAGUCAACCCUAUAAUGGUAUUCCACGGGGAUAGCAACGACGUCCCCCCGGCGAUGCCACUCAUGCGCACGGUGGAGAACCCAUUGCUAGUGAGAAAGCUAAAAUAUUGGCAAUUUGCGAAUAUAUCGUCCGUAGAGAUAACAAUCCAGCAGGCAAACUUGGAAGGAGGUGGGCUUGAGCGUGUAUCUCGUCUGGUUGGGACAAAGGGUCGGCACCACGGACAGGAGAGUCGAGGCUACGCCAUGACCGGCUAUGCGUAUUUUGUAUCGCCUGUCGAACCCGAAGAAAGUACUAGCAAGGCCGACUCGAAAGAAGUAUCCGAUAAGCCCUUGCCACCUCUACCGAACCUCCUUAUCGGUAGGAAGAUUACUCAUUUAUCUGUUCGCUUGUCUCGCACCGACUGGUGGGGUUGGGAAGACAGACCCAAUGAGUAUACGCUUCCCCCUGAGGAAAGGCUCCGUAUAGAGCCCAUGAUUAACGUGACAAGGCUCUGGGGAAGACCGGGCAACUACACAGCCAUGACAAAAGGGUACGAAGCGCGGAAAGCGGGUGAGGAACCAGACUUCCAGUUGGACGAUUUCGAAAAGCAGGGGCGCUGGGGCAUGCAGGUUGGAGAGUACUGUCCAGACCUUACAACGCUCGACCUCAUCCUGGAAACGUUUUUUUGCAAGAGGAAUCAACUAAAUUAUGUCGCCCAGUGUGCCAAACUGUGGACGUUUCCGCUAGAAGAUGGAUUCCAUCUCGUGUGGAACGGUAAAGAAGAAGCGGUCCGGUGGCGCGGCGCCCAGUCGUAUAAGUACGAGCGUGGUCAGGACUGGUUCACAACCGAGAAUGUGCCUGGACGCAUCGAAGCCCAGGGUUAUACAAAGAUUCGAUGGGGGGACUAUCCAGACGCCUCGGAAGAUUCGAACAGACAGGAAUUUGUUAUGCGGACAUUGACGUUUGAACGAAGAAGGAUUCAGUAGGGUAUCGAGGCGGAUAGUCUUGAGCGUUGCGCGAGAGUAAAGAUUUAUUGUGACGUAUCUGUCUACGACGCCAUGGUUACCUAGGUAGGUAGGUUAGGUACCUAACGUCUAGGUACCUCUUUAGGUAGAUUGAUUCUAUUAGAGGUAGGUACGGCUGUCGCAUCCCAAAUAGGGGUAUUUAGGUAAUCUUUGACAAUGGACCAAUCACAUGUCUGAUUGAACUAGAACGCACCUUACUUUCCGUACCUGCAAAGCUAAGAAAAGUAAAGGGUACCUCUCUCCUUCAACUCGAGUUAAUCUGCGUGCUUACCUCUGGUAGGUGCAUUGGAAGCUUCAAAGCGCUUAUUUUUCUUA